GUCCGUACAAGUCUGUCCGGCUCCUCUCGUCACUGGGAACAGCUUUGUCUGUGAGUAGUGUCCGAUACAUCCAUGGAUCUCCACGACCACACAGCGAAGCUGCACACCACCAUCAAGGCACCUAUUCUCUCGUCCCCUUGAGUAAAUUAUUCCCUUACAGUAUCUAAAGUCUGCCAAGUACCUACAAGUACCCACUCCCUGGCUGCUAGCCAGAGUAGCACACCCCAGACCAUUAAAAUAGUGGACACCCUUCCCCCCGAAUUACCUAGGCUCGUGAGAGGCACUCGGUUACCCACCCACGGCUGACCCUCCAUUGUCAGAAGCCGGUGCCGUCAUACUACAUUUUUUGGAAUUAUUUCCUUUUCUCUCGUCCCAGCCAACACUAGACUGUACAUACUUCAAAAUAGAAUUCUUGUCAUGUUGAGAUCUUUGGCAAGGAGUCGGGCACAAGCUACCGGACUCAGAUCUACAGCAAGACAGUUCCCAGCACCCAAGAGCAACAUAUUAAUGGCCGCCUCAAAAAGGAGCAGCAGCUCUCUGCCAGCUGGAUAUGUAGAGGACAAGUCCAAGGGGCCAAUGCUCCGCUUCGAAGAAUCGCUGCCGAAACUCCCUGUACCAACACUCGAAGAGACAGCUGCUCGAUACCUCAAGUCAUUGAACCCUCUCCUUAGCCCGGUAGAACUCGCUGCCAGCAAAAAGGCCGUUGACGAGUUCAUCAGACCCGGCGGCGUGGGACGCAAGCUGCAAGACAAGCUCGUUGCGAAGCGCGAUGAUCCCAACACCAAGAACUGGAUAUAUGAGUGGUGGAACGAGGCCGCCUACCUCGCCUACCGUGACCCUGUCGUCCCUUACGUCAGUUAUUUCUACUCGCACCGGGACGACCGGCGGCGGCGGAACCCCGUCAAGAGAGCGGCCGCUAUUUCGACAGCCGCACUGGAGUUCAAGAAGCUCGUCGAUAGCGGCACCCUGGAGCCCGAGUACAUGAAGAAGCUGCCCAUCGCCAUGGAUAGCUACAAGUGGAUGUUCAAUGCCUCCAGAGUCCCCGCCAAGCCCGCCGACUACCCUGUCAAGUUCGACCCUAAGACGAACAAGCACUUGAUCGCAAUCCGCAAGAACCAACUCUUCAAGAUUCAACACGAGGUCGAUGGCCAGCAGCUUAACACUUCGGAACUUGAGGCGCAGUUCGCUCGCGUGUAUGAGCUUGCCACUAGGGUACCAGCCGUCGGCGCGCUCACGUCCGAGAACCGUGAUGUUUGGACCGACGCCAGAGAUAUCCUCCUCAAGGCAUCGCCCAAGAACAAGGCCGCGCUCGAGGCCGUCGAAUCAGCUUCCUUCAUCGUAUGUCUUGACGAUGCUGCACCGGUGACUCUAGAGGAGCGUGCGCACGCAUACUGGCACGGUGACGGUCAGAACAGAUGGUACGACAAGCCUGUACAGUUCAUCGUCAACGACAACGGCACCUCUGGUUUCAUGGGAGAGCACAGUAUGAUGGAUGGUACACCCACACAUCGCCUGAAUGAUUACGUCAACGACCUCAUCUUCAACAACAAGCUCGACUUCAGCAACCCCAAUGUGCGCUCCGGUCUGCCCGACCCUGCCACUGUAAACUUCGAGAUCACAAAGGAGGUCCAGUCCGAGAUCGACCGUGCCAUCUCUGAUUUCGCGACUGUGAUUGGACAGCACGAGCUUGCCGUGCAAGCAUACCAGGGCUACGGAAAAGGCCUGAUCAAGAAGUUCAAGUGCUCGCCCGACGCAUAUGUGCAAAUGAUCAUCCAGCUCGCCUACUAUAAGAUGUAUGGCAAGAACCGGCCCACAUACGAGUCUGCCGCCACCCGCCGCUUCCAGCUCGGUCGCACCGAGACCUGCCGGACCGUGAGCGACGAAUCUGUGGCAUGGUGUAAUGGCAUGGCCGACCCCAGCGUGUCGGACGAAGAGCGCAUCAAACUCUUCCGCAAGGCCAUUGACGGUCACCUGGAGUAUAUCAGCGCUGCCUCUGACGGAAAGGGCGUCGACCGCCACCUCUUCGGCCUCAAGAAGCUUCUCGAGCCCGGUGAGGAGUUGCCAGCCAUUUACAAGGACCCCGCAUACGGCUACUCUAGCUCCUGGUUCCUGUCAACGAGUCAGCUGAGCUCCGAGUUCUUCAACGGCUAUGGCUGGAGCCAGGUCAUCGACGCCGGUUUCGGUAUUGCAUACAUGAUCAACGAGAACAGCAUCAACUUCAACAUCGUCUCCAAGGGCUUGGGAAGCCAGAAGAUGAGCUACUAUCUGAACGAGGCCGCAGGAGACAUGCGCGACUUGAUGUCGCAGACCUUGGAGGCACCCAAGGCUAAGCUAUAAAGCCAAAUUCUGCUCGCCCUGCCCGUUGAAUUUUAUUGUCAAAGUCCAUGUAGAACAUCCGUAUUUGUCUGCUAGAGAUUCUGUCUAGACUAGACGUUUUCAAAUUUCAAGCAUGUAUCGGUGUUGGUGGAAACUGUUGCAGCUCGUAUAUAUCGUAUAGUUACAUGAAAACAUGCUAGACAUGAUCAGACGGUU